AUGUAUGUUGAACUUACCACUCCUCGCAUUGCUGCAUGGAAUGAUUUUUUGGUCAAGCAACGCAUCAAGUUGGAGUUAGAAAUGCUUGGAGGAUUUGGCAAAGUUGAGUUGGUUAGCACAUCGGCGGAGCAAGAUGAAACAGAAAAAAAUAAGGCUCCUGCAGUUGAUGACCCAGAUGAGAAUGAAGACUUUGAUGUUAUUUGUGCUCGCAUGGAGGCAACACAACGUCAAAUCACUGAUGCACAAAGUCAUCUUAAUAGUCUUAUUGCAUCAUACAAUUAUGACGUGAAAGUAUCGAGGACUCGUUUCACCUCUUCACACUAUCGCACAGAUGAAGGCCAACCGUCAAAUUUUCAUGAACAUGUUAAUGAAAGUGGUGCACCAUUUUAUACAAAUAAUCCACAACAUUCACCUGUUCAUUCUGGUGGUCAAAGAAGAUCUUCUGAAGAUGACCUUGGAUGUACAAAUGAAGGGGUGUCAGAAAGACCCAACGUAGAAGAUGGUGUGUUCUUUUCAAACGAGGAUCCCCUUCACCCUGGGCCACACAAUAUGUUGGUGUUAGUGCAAUCGUGCAUGAGCACCAAUGUGGAUGUAGCACCACAAGCCUCAGAAGAAAUAUGACCACGAAGAGUAAAAAUGAAAGUACGUCGUCAUAGGCAACGAGCAGCUGUGUGCAAGUUACCUUUUGUACAAUUAUGUGUAUCAAAAUUUAAAAGGUUGACGGAGGAAGAGACACAUGUUGCCGACUAUGUGUUUGAUGAGUCAAAAGAUCCUAGUGAGAUGCUUUGUGCAUAUGGUGGCUAUGGCGUGACACGGGAACAACUUCAAUGCUUAGUAGGGGAGAGCUUCAUUGAUAUUCCGGUGAUUUCCAUGUUUUGUCAAUACAUGAAUGCAAAAGAAGAGAAUCCUUCUCGCAGACACUUUUUUAAUCCAUACUUUGGGGAAAUAUGUGGUUCAAUGAGCAAGUCUACCUCAAAAUCAACACUCAAGAAAAGAUUAGGUAGCUAUUGUGUUAAUCUUGAAUAUUGCAACCAGUUUUAUAUCCCCUUAUUCCAAUUUAAUGAAUGGGUCAUCACGGUAAUCAAUUUGGAGGCUACAAGGGUGGAUCUACUUUCAUCAUAUAAUAGCAUUCAACGUGUUCACUUUGUUAAUGAAGCUUUCAAAGUAGUUGGAUUUAUGUCGCAGUUAUUAAAAAAUUCCUUCAAACGGAAUGAUGUGAAUAUAAAUAAUUUACAUCCACAGUAUGCAGAUAUCGUUGGCGAUCCAAAAUUAUGUCAUACUGGGAUGUAUGCUAUUCUCUAUAUGCAACAUUGGGAUGGAAGUGGUCUUAAUAGAACCAUUAAUUCUGAGGUGACUGAUAAGCUGAUUGAGGAGGAUGAAUUUGAUGCAGAUCAAAAAGAUGCAUUUAAGAAUUUUGUCAAAGACAAUGUUCGAGAGACAAAAAAAGCCAAUAGACAGGCUAGAGAAGCUCGAAAAAAGGCCUUGCAGAAAUGAGUUAGUAGACUAAAGUAGCAUUUGAAAACAUGAAGUUUAACAAGUUCUACUCAGUCCAGACUGAUGAUACUCCUGACAUAUCAAAUGUUAAGGUACAAUUUAUUUUUUCUUUUGCAAAAGCUAAUAUUAUUAACACCGCCUAAUUAAAAGAAGGUGCACAAAUGUACACAAGAAGUUUAGAAAUUAGACAUAAAUGCAAUUAGAUUGAGAGAUUAACAAAAGCACCUCUAUAUAAUCAUCAAGAGCCCAACCAAUCAACACAAUCUAAUAUGGACAGUCAUGUUAAAAGCCAGAGAGAGCAUAAGAAAGAAUUUGUUAGAGUUUGUUCCGAUUAUUCUUCAUUGACAAAAACUCUAAAAUGUUAAGGUACAAUUUUGAACAUUUCUUCUAUUGAAAGAAC